GAGAAGUGAUGUACAAAAAUGUAAUUUGACUAGGGGUACACAUUUUUAAGAAGCAUGUACAAGGGACUGCAAGCUGGUAGAAGAAGAAGUUCAGCAGACUUUUAAGACGCUCCAGGGGCAGGCUAGGGAUUUCACCCAUGAACCCUAAUAUCCCAUUAUAUAGCAUGUAAAUGAAUCUUGCAAUGAAGACGUGAAGAUAGAAAGGCAGAUUGAAUGUGAAUAAUGGUGGGAGUCUCCAGGUUGCAGAUGAAGCAUCGGUGUGUUUCAAUUUCAUCUCAAGUUCAUCAUGGUUGAAACACACAAGACACAUCUCACCAAUUUUGAAUGCCAGAGCAACACAAAGUUUCAACAACAACACUGAUUUAGACUGUUAUUUGUUUGAUUUCUUCAAUUUCAUCUCAUCAAUCCGACCACCUGCUUAGGUUUUCCUCAACUCUUCUGCUGUACAGAGUCAUCACCGGCAGGUUUUGGCUGUUGAUUUUGCUCUCUAAGCAAGGGUUUGUUGUUGAGUAAUCCAAUAUGGAUUCAGAUUUCAGAAACAUGUAAGGGUGGGGCUACGGAUGUUUUACCACAACCACCACCUGUUCCAGAAGACCUCGUUCCAAUCAAAGCUGAGCCAGAAGCCAAGAAGAAGGUCAUGCGUGUACCCAUGGCUAGGACGGACUCCAACGACCUGAAACAUCAAAUCAUAUAUUGGUUUCUUGUGAUGUAGCGAGAACCAUUUGGUUUGUCGUAGCAUCUUUGAUAGCCAUCUUCCCAGCCAACGGUCACUAGCGGUAAGAUUUUUAACGGUCGAGGACAAAUUAAAAAGAAAUCUGUGGGGUAAAAACUGAACUGAAUUAGAAUUCGGUUGUCAAGUUAGUUUUGCCAACUUCGUCGACUAGAUUUAUUUUCGACCAAAAAGUAUUCAAUCUUUAAACUUUUAUUGUCGUGUGAACCUUUGCAGAUUGAGAAGCCUUUGCAUUGACAUGGUGGUAGGCUUGAGCAUAAUUAAACAAACCAAUAUGUUUGUGUUUAUAGUAGUAGACAUUGGUCAACGAUGACAAUCAUAUGCUAUUACCUGAUCAUUUGUCAAAUUUAGUAAAUACAAAUAUCAUCAGCUGAUUGAUAUUUGAUAAUUUAUCAAUGUUUGAGCAUGUGGCAUGUGUAAAAUUUGAUGAACUUUUGUUGUACUGAUUUUACUUUUUGGUUCACUGACUGUUCUUUGCCAGAUGGAUAGGAGAACCAGUGGGUUAAAUCUGACUGGAAGCAAGAUGAGAACAUUGCUGGGAAGUGGAAUUAUUAAUUAUACAUCUGGCAAAUGGAAUACGAAUGCGAAAAUAUAUUACAAAAAUGAUUUUUUAAGGUGUUUGUUUAUAUAUGGUCAGUGUUGAUUAUUUUUUUAAUCUAUUUGUUUAUUUUUGCAGUCAUUUUUAGUGAUGCUAAGGCACAAGAAGCGUGUUGGGUAAACAGGAAAUGACACUGAAACUCAAAGCUCUGGAAAUAUUGGUCAAGAUCAACUGCCCAAAUGCUACUCAGAGUUCUUAUUAAUGAUUGCAGCCCAUCUAUAUCAAUAGAUAACAUCAGGCUUAAUAAAUGAGUGAUCUUUAGCAUCUUGUUGAAGUUGUUUGGUGGGAAAACCAAAAAGGACCAAACUCAGGCUUCUCUUUCUAUGUAUAGUUAAAGGUCGUGGUUACGUGGUUACGGCUGGUGGGCCGGGUAACAUGUAGAAAUGGCCACUUUGGUUAAUUUGAUUAAAAAAAUAGUAGUAUGGAUAAUGGUGCCCCCUUCACCCUUAGUCUUUGGGCUCAUAAUUGUGUGACCUUAGCUUUUCUUUUAAGUAUUUUUUGAUUUCACAUGUUUGAUAUAAAAGAGAAAAGAGAACAGUUGGGUGAUGAUCCAUUAACAAGCAAAUGGGUUGAAGUUGUGACCCAUUAACAAGCAAAUGGUCCAGGUUCAACUCGUGUCCAUGUUGGUUGAUUUAUGAACCUGGUAAUUUUGAUUUUAUAGGCACCGAAGGUGAAUGCGGUGCCAGAAAAAAAAGGAAGAAGGGGAGGCGUCAAACGCAGCCCACGACGAAGGUGAAGAAGAAGAGAAAAUUGAGGGAGUAGUGGUGGCGGCUCCUCGUAGAAUGACAAGACGCGAUAUCUAAUGACAGAUGCACUGUUGAAGAAUCUAUAGUUAGUAGCUUUCUUUGAGUGGUUUAAUUGUUCGGUUCGGUUAAGGUUGGUUUAAUUCGGUUAUAUACUCACUCCUAGAACAUACAUAUACUUGUAAUACUAAAGCAGUCAGCUAGACUUUCUCUGCGUAUGUUUGACCUUAUAGGUUCAAUGACUAUUUUUUGUUGAAUGACAUAAAAUGUUAGAAACCCGGAAUAGGUUGUCGUUCGUGAUAGACAUAAUAUUUAAAUUUGAUAUAAGUCGGAACACCCGCCGCAACGCGCGGGCAUUCCCACUAGUAUAUGUUAUAUGCACACAACAUAGUAUACUUAAAUAGGUGAUGUUUGUUAACACUAUAAAUAUAAAUAUACAAAUGAGUGAUGCUAAAUAAAUGCAUAAAAAUAAUCAAUAUAACUAUUAUAUACUAAAUUAGUGACUUUGGUGGACCAGAUCUAAAAGAGGGUUAUAUAUUAACUUGACUAGAUCUAAAAGAGGGUUAUAUAUUAACUUGAUCAUAAUCUUAAACUUGCAACACUUGAGUUUACCACUGAUGAUGCCAACUGCCACUCUCACUCUCUUUCUAAUAUUCCUGACGCUUGGCUUCCACCAUGUCCGAUCAAACACUCUCACGCCGGAAUCACUUCCUUCUUCUCCGCCGGAGCAGCCUCACCGUACGGCGUUCCACUUUCAACCUCCCCAAAACUGGAUGAAUGAUCCUAACGGACCAAUGUACUACAAUGGACUGUACCAUCUGUUUUAUCAGUACAAUCCAUCUGGCCCGCUCUUUGCUGAGCAUAUGUAUUGGGCACAUUCGGUGUCACAUGACUUGAUCAACUGGACCCCACUCGACAUCGCCAUUGCCCCAGCCGAACCCUUUGACCUCAUCAGUUGCUGGUCUGGCUCAGCCACAAUCCUCCCUGGAAACAAACCGGUCAUGCUAUACACCGGAAUUGACUCCGAAAACCGCCAAGUCCAAAACCUUAUUGAACCGAAGAACUUAUCGGAUCCAUAUCUUCGAGAAUGGGUCAAGUACACUGGCAAUCCGGUCAUAAACCUCCCGGAUGGGAUUCAACAUGAUGACUUUAGAGACCCAACCACUGCGUGGCUUGCAGACGACGGAAAAUGGAGGAUAAUUGUUGGAAGUCAGAAAGACAAGAAGGGAAUCGCGUUUCUGUACCAAUCUGAGGAUUUUGUUAACUGGAGUAUGCAUGAGUCACCACUGCAUGAAGUUGCAGGUACUGGUAUAUGGGAAUGCCCUGACUUUUUUCCGGUGUGGGUUGAUAGCACCAAUGGGGUUGAUACAUCCGUAAUGAACUCUAGAGUGAAGCACGUGUUGAAGGUGGGAUUGUUUGAUUAUCAAAAAGACUACUACAUGAUCGGGGAUUACAAUUUUGUGAACGAAAACUAUGUUCCUCAAAAUGAACUAACGCUUGGUACAUUGAGAUAUGAUUACGGGAAGUAUUAUGCUUCGAAGUCGUUCUUUGACCCUGUGAAAAAUAGAAGGAUCUUGUUGGCUUGGGUGAAUGAAUCUGAUUCUCAAGCAGAUGAUGUUGCUAAAGGAUGGUCCGGAGUUCAUUCAUUUCCAAGGAGUAUUUGGCUCGAUAAAAAGCAGAAGCAGCUCGUACAAUGGCCUAUCAAGGAGAUUGAAACGUUAUAUGAAAACGAAGCUACUGUUCAAAAUAAGAAUCUUGAAGAUGGAUCAUCACAUGAAAUUUUGGGCAUAACUGCAUGGCAGGUGGACGUGAAGCUUUCGUUCAAACUUAAUAAUUUAGAAGAGGCCGAGAAACUGGACCCGAGUGGGGUUGACCCGCAACUUGUUUGCAGUGAAAUGGAUGCAUCGAAGAAAGGCAAAUUCGGCCCGUUUGGUCUGUUAGCUUUGGCUUCCCAUGACUUGACUGAACAAACUGCAAUCUUCUUUCGGGUUUUCCAAAAUAAUGGACGAUACAUUGUGCUAAUGUGCAGCGAUCAAAGCCGGUCUUCUACAAGGAACGGGCUUGAUAAAACGACAUAUGGAGCAUUUGUCGACAUAGAUCCUCAACAAGAUGAAAUUUCACUUAGAACCUUGAUAGAUCACUCGAUCGUCGAGAGCUUUGGAGGAGGAGGAAAGACGUGCAUCACAGCUAGGGUUUACCCAACAUUAGCCAUUAAAGACGAAGCCCAUUUGUUUGCAUUUAACAAUGGAACAGAAAGCGUGUUGAUCACCGAGCUGAGUGCUUGGAGUGUGAAGAAAGCUCGGAUUAACACCGAAGAAAAUGUUGGGCGUGCAAGUCAAUAAUCCGAAGAAGAUGUUUUGUUAUACUGGAAGCAGUUAAUUACCUUGCUUAAUUACUUUAUAAUUAAGUAACAUAAGCUUCCACGACCGAUGAACAAAAAGUGCACAUUGUUGAUGAUCAAUUUCGGUUUACAUAAGCAAUAGUUUAGCAUCCUAUGUUAUCUGAUCAGCCAUUUGAAUAUA